GUUAGUUAUCUUUGAAAAGUGUUGUCAUGACGAUGAUCAUGACAACAACAACAUCAUUAAUGGUGGACAUGUCAGCCAUAUUUCGAUAGUUAUGCCUGCGGAGGUUCCUUUGCCGAAGUCAGGACCGACGGCCCAAAUUUGUGUUUGGGCUGAUUUUACAUUGAAGGACAUUGAUGAAUUAAGCUGGCUACAUGAGCCUGACAAAAUUAAAGGGAAAAUUUCUGAAGUACUUGGUAUUAAUGUGAUUGAAAGCAGCAUUAAAAAAGAUAUUUUGGUAGAUUUGUUCUACUUUGCAUAUAAAUUCGGAAGGGAAAGAUGUUUCAAUGAAGAACAACAGAGUGCAUUUUUGUCAAUAAUCAAAAGGACUCAUGAAAAGGCUAUGGACUCCCCUUUUGGUAAUGUUGACGCUGCUUAUGAAUAUUUCAAAGAACUUCUUGUGAGACAUUGUAUGAAGAGGCCUCCAUUCUGUGUGCAACUGUACAGUAUGGCUGAAGCAAAAAGCAUCACUGACUAUGUACUUAAUACGUACUUCAAACAUUAUAAACUCUACAAAUAUGCAUUUACUCCAAAGGUUCGGCUUAAUCUUACUUUUGAGUACAACGGAUUGCCCGAGGAACCCGCAGAGAUUGAAGGUGAAAAGGAAGAGCCGGAAGGUGGUGCAAAUGUGGAAAUUACGGUUGAAGGAGAUUCUGGUAUCGCUGAGCCAGAGCAAAUGGAGAAUGAAGAUCCUCCUGCUGUCAAAGAACUCAAGACAAUUAUAAAUUCAACUCUUUCAGAUCAAGUCCAAAAGCUUAAGAUGAAUAUGGAUGAACAGUUGAAAACAAACGAGGAAACACUCCUGAAGAAAAUCUCAGCAGCUGCAGGAACAGAAAGAGGACCUAGCCGAAAGUCACGAAAGAAAUAAUUUCUUUCCACCUGUCCAAGUAACGCUUUGUUGUUUUAUUUGUUGUGUUAUAUAUUAUGGUGCACUUGUGGUAAGGGUAUCUUUUGUAUAUAUUAUCAUUUUAAAACUGAC